AUGUAUCAAAAAAAUUUGUCUGAUAUACAAAUAAAAUUAUUAAAGAAAAAAAUAAAAUAUAAUAAGAAAUUUACAAUUUCUGGUUUAAAAUUAAUUAUUAAGAAUUUGGAUUCUUAUGAAGAAUAUGUUAAUGUAUAUCCAAUUGUACAAAUGGUUACAAGAACAAAUAUAUAUCAUUCCAAAGAAUAUAUCGAAAAUAUGUUAACAAAUCCUUUAUAUUAUCCUUUUAUAAUAUUAUUAGAUUCUACAGAAAAUGGAGUAGGUUUAACUGAUGGUAGAGUAGGUUCAGGGGAGAAUGGAGUAGAUUCUACAGAUAAUGGAGUUGAUUCUACAGAGGAUGGUUUAAGUUCUAAGGAGACUGGAGUAGAUUUAAAGGAGAAUAGAUUAGGUUCAUCAGAGUCUGGAUUGAGUUCAAGGGAGGCUGGAUUCUACUCAAAUUCUGUAAAUUCAUCCGACUUAACUGAAAAUAGAUUAAAUUCUACAACUUAUUCAUUAAAUUUAAAGGAAAAUUCAUUAAAUUUAAAGGAAAAUUCAUUAAAUUCAACGGAGUCUGGAUUGAGUUCAAAGGAGACUGGAUUCGACUCAGCUUCUGUCAAUCCAUUGGAUCCAUCAGACAUUUCAUUAAAUUCAACAACUAAUUCAUUGGAUUUAAAGGAGAAGGAAUUAACUUUAGGUUCUGGUAUUGUAACGGUUGGUUAUUUUGAAAUAUAUUUAAUGCCACAUUUGGGUAGAUUAUUUGAUUCUCGAUUAGAACGUGUAAUAGUACAUCCUGAAUAUAGAAAAAAAGGCAUUUUUACAUAUAUGUUAACAUUUGUAAUUGAUUUUUGUAAAUCAACACUCAUGUGUAAUAGAAUUGAUUUAACUUCAAAUAAUCCAAUUGCUGAACGAGGUUAUAAAACAUUCCAAUUCGAACAUAUAAAUACAAAUUUAUAUAGAAAAUAUCUUUAA